UUGAUCCGCUGCCUGUAAUCAACUUCACAGAGCCUCUGAAGUUUGACUGCUGUGCUCAGACCUGCACACGAUCACAGGACUUAACCAUGGAGAAAGACACAAGACCCAGCUGGGACUCCCCCCUGCAGUUUCUGUUGGCCUGUGUGUCUUAUGCAGUGGGACUGGGAAACGUGUGGCGGUUUCCAUACCUGUGCCAAAUGCACGGUGGAGGGGGGUUCUUGAUUCCAUAUCUUCUCAUGCUGGUUCUGGAGGGUGUGCCCUUAUUCUGCUUAGAGCUCGCCAUUGGUCAGAAGAUGCGUCUUGGAAGCAUCAGGGCUUGGACUGCCAUCAACCCUUAUUUGGGAGGAGUGGGUAUUGCUAGUAUUGUGACAUCCAUGUAUCUGUGUCUCUAUUACAACGUCAUCAAUGCAUGGAGUUUCUGGUACCUCUUUAAUUCAUUCCAAUCAGUCCUGCCCUGGGCAGAGUGUCCCAUCAAUGCCAACCGAACUGGAUUCAUAGAGGAGUGUGAAAAGGCGACACCCACCCAGUACUUCUACUACAGGAAGACACUGGAUAUUUCUUCUUCUAUUGAAGUGAAUGGAGGCAUCCAGACAAGCCAGGCAAUGUGUCUUGUGCUCGCCUGGGUAAUUUCCUACCUGUUCGUAAUCCGAGGGGUAAAGUCAACUGGAAAGGUGGUGUACUUCACAGCCACAUUUCCAUAUGUGGUCCUUUUUAUCUACCUGAUCUGGGGCUUCACUCUUCACGGUGCCAUAAAUGGUGUCAAAUACAUGUUCACACCCAAGAUGGAACAGCUUGCCAACCCCAGCACAUGGAUCAAUGCAGCCACUCAGAUCUUUUUUUCUCUGGGUUUGGGUUUUGGGUCACUCAUAGCUUUCGCCAGCUACAACGAGUACCACAACAACUUUGAGCGCCAGGCCAUCGCGGUUUCCAUCAUCAACAGUGGCACGUCCAUCUUUGCCAGCAUUGUCACCUUUUCCAUCUAUGGGUUUAAGGCCACAUUCAACUAUGAGAACUGUCUAGAGAGGACACGCUUACUGCUGCUGAACACCUUCGAUCUAGCAGAGGACACCAUCUCCAUCGACACUGUCUUUGAGUGGACUGAGAAGCUGAAUGCAACAUACCCGCAGGAGUUUGCUGAGAUCAGCAGCAAACUGGAAAUGUGUGACCUGGAGAGGGAACUCGACAGUGCAGUAGAAGGGCCAGGUCUGGCCUUCAUAGUGUACAGCGAAGCUAUUAAAAACAUGCCAUUGCCUCAGCUGUGGUCUGUGCUGUAUUUCUCCAUGCUCCUGCUGUUGGGAAUGGGCAGCAUGCUGGGUAAUAUCACCGCCAUCAUCACCCCGCUACGAGAUUUCAAGGCCACGUCCCGUAUAAGCAGCGAGUUGUUUAACGGUCUAGUGUGUUUAUUCUGUUUCCUGCUCGGCCUGGGCUUCACUACCACAUCAGGGAAUUACUGGUUCACCAUGUUCAAUGAUUACGGAGCCACUUUCUCGCUGCUGUUCAUUGUCCUUGUUGAGGUCGUAACCAUUAGUUACAUCUAUGGAAGUGAAAGGUUUGAAAAGGACAUAGAGGAUAUGCUUGGUCAUCGCCCAAACUGGUAUUGGAAAAUCAUGUGGAAAUUCAUCAGUCCCCUUCUCAUCAUUUCUAUUUUCAUCUUCUACAUCAUCAACUACAUCCAGGGAGGGACACCUACUUACCAAGCGUGGAACAAAGAGCUGGGUAAAUCCGAGGUAAAAGAGUAUCCGGUCUUUGGUCAAGUCUUCAUCGGACUGCUGCUGGUGUCGUCAGUGAGCUGUAUUCCCCUCACAGCUCUGUAUGUCUUCUGCAGGAAGAGGAUACAUGGAAAGCACAGUGUAAGCACAGUGUGUGAAUAGUGACCGCACCAUCUCUGAACACAGCAGCAGAACAUCAUUGAUAACUAACACAUGAAGGGACAGUGGCACACAAUCAGUGCUCAUUUGUGUUUCUUUCUUUUAUUCCUCAACUUUCACCAAAGUUUGCAUUGCUGAAAGCAAUUUUUAAACUCUGCUCUCCCUGUCAGAGGGCUUCUUUUAAGAACGGACAGUACAUAAACCCAUUGAAAAUGGAAACAGAACAACUGGAGGCAUGGGGCAUAAACCCAGAAGAAGGCAUCAAAUAAUUCUGCUCCUUAAGAUAAAAAAAGCUGUGUAUCUGGUGAAUGAGCUGUAUUUAUAUAGCACUUAACAGCCACUCAAAGUGCAGUAUGAGUCACAUUCACAUAACUUCAUGGUGCUCUGUGCUAGUCCACAGCGUAACAGUGGAAUAUGUUCAUUAAUGUAUAUAGAGUUUGUUUGAUUCCUCAGCUUUUAUUUAGCUGAAAUUCACUGUAUCAUAUUACACUAGUUUACUAAAUGGUCUUAUUGUAUGUAGAUACAGGUUUGAGUGCUGUAGAUAUUUGAUGUUUGAAAUCAUGUGGUUUAACAGCUAACCUCAAAUAUUAAUAUCUGUUAAUAUCUCAAGUCAAACACGUUUUUGUCGAAAUAUAAAACUCCACAAUGGGAUUUUGGUCCAGAGAGAGGAUUACAGAGGGUCCAGCUCUGCUGCCACUGGCACCAUUUUGUUUCUAAAAUGGGUUUGAAGCACGAGAAAAGGGGACGUUCAGUUCUUAUCACACCACUCUGGCUGAAUGUUUUCACUUGUCUUUAGAAUAUAUGCUGGACUCCAUGAUUAAGAGGACCUUGAUUGUAUUGAGUUGUAUAUAUAGUAAGCACAUUAAUGUUUUCUCUUUGUAAGAAUUCUGUACAAAUGACCUGUUUUCCUAUGUUAAAUAUUUUUGAUAGGUAGUUUUAUAUCUGUAAUCUGUCUAUAAAGGGCUGACAUCUGCUAUCACAUCCUCUCUAUAAGAGUAAAGCUCAACACUUGUAUUAACCAGUAGAGGAGCUUCUGUGCCAAAUAUCAACAAAAUACUGAAAUAUUUGCUUUGUACACCCUCAAACAUGUACACUGUGUACAUAUUGUAGAUAUGUUUUCAAACUAUCUUAUGGAUACUCAAUAAAUAUGUGACUUUUGCUUUU